CAACCCGCUAGAUUCUGCAACUGCCCAUAAAAUUUGUCAACUUAGGGUUUAGGGUUGCCCAAAAAUUGGAACUCUGUUAUCAUGGAGGGAUGGGAUCCGAAUACGAAAUCGACUCUAACACAGAUCCCGUUGCUAGCAACGAAAGCGGGACCAAGAGAUGGAGCGGCAUGGACGCAGAGGCUAAAGGAGGAAUACAAGGCUCUGAUCACCUAUACCCAGAUGAACAAGUCCAAAGACAACGAUUGGUUUCGCAUCUCCGCCGCCAAUCCCGAGGGCACGCGGUGGACUGGCAAGUGCUGGUAUGUUCACAACCUUCUCAAGUACGAAUUUGAUCUUCAGUUCGAUAUCCCGGUUACGUAUCCCUCCACUGCCCCCGAGCUCGAGCUUCCGCAGCUUGAUGGCAAGACCCAGAAGAUGUAUCGAGGAGGGAAGAUUUGUCUGACCAUUCAUUUUAAGCCACUAUGGGCAAAGAAUAGUCCCCGGUUUGGGAUCGCACAUGCACUGUGCUUGGGACUUGCUCCAUGGCUGGCAGCUGAAGUUCCCAUUCUGGUGGAUUCUGGGAUGAUCAAGCACAAAGAUGACGCAACGUCAUCAAGUGAGUCUUAAUUUAGCACAGUUGGCAAUGCUGCUGUAAAAGGAAUGUCAUCAGACAUCGUCUGUCUUAACUACAGAAAUAAAGAUUGAGAGGAUGUUCUCAAUUUGUUCCGAACAUCAAGUGUACAAUUCUGUGGAGCUCACAAAUGUAUACAGUUUGAACGUGGAAAUGCAGAUAAAAUCAUAGGAACUUG